AUGCCAAGGAGACUAGUGGCUCUACGGGAACUAACUAUGGGAAUCUUCUUCAAGAAAAUCAAGCUCCCUGACAUCAGAGUGUAUCAGGCCAAACCACAUAGCUUUAAAGCUUCCAAAGUUGAAGAAAUUGCUUCAUGUGCUUUAAGAAGAGAGAGGCAGUUUUAUUGUCAUAAUGAUGGUGAUGGAAAGAAGUGUGGGCUGGAACUGUGUUCUUGUGUAUAUCAUGGUCCGACAACUUCUAAAGCCAUGAGACUCGGACUGGAUAGAGACAGAGCAGCUUUUGGCCAUGGGUUAGUUGAAAGAAGCAGGCGAGAACUAGAUGCGAAAGAGGCCCAAAAGUCAGGGGUGCCAUUUUCGGAAAAUGGGGAGAUACAUGAACUUCUCCUGAAAUUUUCUGAAGUAUUUGGAAGGGGUGAUGAGGAAAUGGAUUUUCUUCAACAGCAAAGAAUUCAAGUUAAUGUUAUUGCUUGUCUUUCAGAACUGGAGGAUCCUACAGAUAAAGUGGCACUGGUAGAGUUUGUUUCGGCAACGCUGGUCAUCGUUAGGAAGGAUGUUGUUGAGGACUGCAUUAAAUGCUUGAAGUUGGUGGACUUGACACUUCGUUUGCUUACAUGGUCAGUAGAAGAGGAUGGGUUGGAAGCACCGGUUUCAGACAUUAAGAGACAGCAAAUUUUUGUCACAUGCUAUGCACUUGGAUACAACGCCUUUCUUGAGCCAAGUAAAAGGCUUAGUAGUGCAAGCGGAGAUUUAUUUAUUUAUAAUGUUAACAAACAACACUUUGGCUUCGUUAGUGCAAGUGGAGAAUGA